AUGCAAACGAAUGAAAAUCCAGGUAUAUCAGAGUCUGAUCUUUAUCAAAUGAUAAGAAAUUUGAUUACACGAUUGUCAGAAAGCGAUCCAGAGUCGUCAGAAGUCUGGAACGAGCAAACAUUAAGUGAGCCAGAACUUUCCCAAAUAGAUCAAAUUGUAAAAUCUUUGCUUCUGCAACCCUCCCAAGCUCAAAACUUGCAAAGCCAAUCUGAUCUUUAUUGUCUGGGAUCAAUGCUAAAUUACCAUAGCAUGAUUAAAGAAGAUUUUUUGAAGUCACUAGAAGCCUCUUUGUCAGAUCUUGUUGGCUCAAUAAUAAAAUUAAUAGAAAUUAGAGGUGAAUGCUGAAUAGAUGCAGUAAUAAAGAUUCUCACACUCUUUUGCUUCGCUGCUAAAAUAGACAAUAAUUGUUUUAACCAAGAAAUGUUUACAGCAAUCACAUCGUUUUUCCAAACAAACUUCUUCAGAUUUAUUACUGAAGAUAACUCAGGAUUAUAUAUGGACUUGCUGCUAAGGAGGUUUUUGCAAUUUUUGAAUUUCAUGCUUGUCAAAAAUCUCAAUUUUGACUUUGAAUUAGACUUUUGGAAAAAAGUGCUAGAACUUAUUUCGGCAGAAGAAACAUGAAACUACAUCUUUCCUGCUUUAAAUCGGUAUUUUAAUAUAACUAUAAAGCUCGAUGAAGAAGAUAAAAGUGAGGAAAAAUUAAAAAUACUCAAAAAACUCAAAAAAAGAAAGUCCAAGGAGCUUCUCCAGCUUAUUCUUCAAAAAGAAAAGCAAUUAGAAAGCAGUCUCUACAUAAAAUCUGAUAAAUAUGCAUUUUUUGGAAAGAGUAAAUACUGUAUGUCAUUUUGUGUAAAUUUUUACAGGGAAAAGGCUACAGAAAUGAUCAAUAAUGAAAACGAUGUAUCAUAUUAUAUUGCAGAAAUUAUAAAUCUACUCCAAUGAUACAUGGAAAAUAAAAAACGAAAAAACAUAGAGUUUAUCGUCAGAGAAUCUGAGCUUUUCAAAUUGUUUGACUCACCAAAAUUAUGAAGAGAAAGUCUUAGUUAUUUAGCUAGAUAUCAAAUAGAAAGUAACUCAUGUGACCAAAAGUUCUUAAAAAACUACUUUUCAAAAGUUUGAGAAAUGGAUAGCUGACAUAAUAAUAUUUUACAUGCUGAAAAAAUUAUGCUAGAACUUUUGCUGCUAACUUAUGUCAGCCAGAGUUUUUAUGAAGAGUUUGAGGAAUUAGCAAUGAAUUUCGCCCUCAAAAUUUUCGAGAAUGCCUAUAAUCGUGUUAAAGGAUACAUAAACAGAGAGAGGAUAUUUUCAUUGAUUUUCCAAUUUCUACCUAAAGCUUGGAAAGAGAUUUCCAAUUUUAUAGCAGCAAAUGCAAAUAAUAAUCAAGGAAUAAAAGGAGAGAAAUCUUAUAAAGCAUGGUUUUUAGAAACUCUCGAGGAGUUGCAUACGGAAUAUUCAGCUACAAGAGCUCCAGAAUAUUUCAUAAGAUUUAUUGAGCUUCUAAUUAAAUAUCUGCAGAGCAGCAAUUAUUACGAUUUAUUUGAGAUGGAAUUUUUGUUUGAAAUAUAUGCUCAUAGCUUUCGUCUAAGUAAUGUUGAUUAUAAUGAUCCGUAUUACUGCGCUAAAAUUCUUAUGAAGAUUUUCUGAGAUACUGAAUUUAGAGAAGCAAAGUUAGAAGAAGCUGAAAAAUAUCAAAAAAUAUAUGAAGAAAUGGAAAAGCGAAAAAAUGAAGAGACAAAGAAAGAAAAUAAUUUUGAAGAUAUCAAUCAGUUGCAUGAAUUACAAGCUUCAACAAGUCAAUUUAGCCAAUCUUUUGGUGAAAAAGAAAGCAAGGUCGAGCUAAUUAAAACAAACAGGACAUUGAUCAUCGAUCUUUUAAAAGAGCUCAGAAAAUCAUAUAUUCUGAAUAUUCUUUUUGAAAAAAAUAAAUUUGAGCCUCAAGUCAAAAAAUGGCUGCUUUCACAGUUAAAGAACUUAUUUAGCCUAAGCUUGGAACGCUCUGAAAAAACUGUAAAUUUUAUUGCUGAAACAAACUCCUUCAUAAUAAAAUUAAUUUCAGACGAUAUAACUCAGCCGAACGAAGAUCAAAUAGAUACUUUUAAACAUUUGAUUCAGUCAAAUGUAGUUGCAGAGGGAUUUAGUAGAAUUAAUCUAAAUUUCGAUAGUACGAAGCCUUAUUAUAAUCAAGUUUAUUUUGCCUCAUUACCAGAUGAUUUAGCAGGUGUCACAAUUUUUGGAGGAGAAAUCCUUAUUAACUCAAAAUAUAACAAUAUUCAGCCAAUAAGCCUUUGCGCGCAAAAAGUAAUAUUCUUGCAUGAGCUUGCACAUCACAUAAGAAAAAUGGAACCAGGCUUUUAUGAUGUAUACAAAAAAACGCCAACCCACGGAAUGCAGCUCUGAAAAGGUGUGCCAGGAAAGGAGAAAAAAAAGACUUUAAAGUUUACUAACGAAGGAGGAGCACAGCUUGAAACAGAAAUUUUCUGCUUAUUCUUAGUUGGAAUCAGUGAAUCUCAGAUGAACUUUUUGAAUCGAAUUGAAAGUUGGAAAUUAUCUCUCAAUAUUUUUAGAAGUAGCCUUGAAAAAUUAUAUUCAAAGCACCAAAAAGUAUAUCAGCUUGGAAGAUGUCAUAGCAAGAUAUAUUCUUUGAAGAGAAAACUUCACCAUAAUUAA